AUGGCGGAGGAAGAGAAGCUUAGACCAAACACCGCGAGUCCGGAGCAGACCGGCGUUGCAGCCAAACACGUGCGACGUUCACCGCACAACGAUUUGCAGAAUUCAAGAGAGGCCGGUGCUAACGCCCAGAGAUGGGUUAAAGUGUUAACAAAAACUGGAUAUAAUUUUAAGGUCGCCCGUCGAGCAAUGUUCGUUGCGCGCUACCUAUGGCUACUGUUGUGCUACGCCCAAUACGCGCGCAGCAAUCUGCUGGACGACUACGAGGACAUCACCAACAAGGUGCUGUCGCCGGCCGACGGCGGGACCGUCUCGCUGCCGAUCCAGUUGGGGGUCGACAAGAGCUCCGGAUGCAUCUGCAGGAGCAGCAAGGAUCACAAGGUCGUCGUUUGCUUCGGCAACUACGCGUGCGAACGGUUCCCAAAGGUAAGAGUAAAAAGCGACCUGCUUCGAGUAAGAACAACCGUUAUGACCGAAAUCCGAGUUGGAGAACUAAACUCCCUUCAGCAUUUGAAAGUGCUGCAAAUUGAAGCAAACCAUAGGCUUAAUUAUUUGGAGCCGGGGCUGUUUCAAAACCUAUCGAAACUACAACAGUUGUCUAUAUCAUACAACACUGGGCUCCAUACAAUCCACAAAGGCACAUUCGAAGGCCUAAAGAGCCUUCACAACUUGACUCUAGUCAACAAUGGAUUCACAAACAUAUUAGAGUUAACUGUAGCGUUUAAACCAAGUAUUUUACCUUUGCUUAGAGGAUUAGAUUUGUCAGAGAAUUCCUUCGAAAGAAUUCCAGAUAACGCAUUUAAUGCAAUGAAAGGAACCACGUUGAAGAGAUUGGAUAUAAAGUUAUGCAGGCUGGAGUACAUACACCCAAACAGUUUUAUACCGCUAACCAUGUUAAAGGAAUUGAGAAUCAGUGAAAACGAUUUGAAUUCAACAUUAAUAGGUGACUUCCUGACAAAUAUAAUAAAUAAUGGCAUAAAUUUGACCCAUCUGGAUCUAUCCGGAAUGGGAUUUAGAAAGCAACCACCAAGAGCUCUUCUCAAUAUAAUCGCAAAAUCAACCAUACAGAGAUUAAUCCUGGCUGACAAUCAAUUUGAAAUAAUCGUCGAUGACUCGUUCCCAGUGAUGGUUAACUUAGAAGUGCUAGACUUGAGAAGAGUUCUGACAAUAUCGAUAGGGCCCGACGCAUUUAGUCCUAUAAAGUUUCCAAAUCUACGCGUCUUACUUCUCGGUGGAAACAACCUGCCCGGAAUUCAUCAAAAACAUAUUUCAAUUCAGCAGCUCCUACUUCUGGACAUGUCCUUCAACAAGGGAAGCUUAUUGAAUCCUGUGUAUUUUGAAAUUGACAGGAACUCUUUUACCUACUGCAAAGAACUCAGAAUACUGAACCUUGCAUACAAUAGAAUUAAGUCUAUAUUUGACUACACAUUUCAAGGCUUGGAACAAUUAAAAAUAUUAAGCAUGGAGAACGGUACAUUGUUUCAUAUCGGUGAUGGUACAUUCGAGCCAAUGAAGCAUUUAGAGAUGCUUAAUCUUGCAAACAACCCACUUACAGCCAAUAUGAAUCUGUCUAGUGGUCAGUUCAGAGGUUUGAACGAAUUGAAAAUAUUGAUUCUCAAAAACUGCGGAAUCAAACGAUUGUAUGACGAGGAUAAUAUAUUCGAAAUGAUGCCAAACCUCACACAUCUCAUUCUAAGAAAUAACCAAUUGUAUUACAUCACUGCCGAAACUUUAAAACCACUAAAAUACUUGCAAGUACUUGAUCUGAGCGAGAAUCUGCUGAUGUCGUGGUGGACGACACUAUUCUUAGCCUCGGGCGUCCGCCCGAUCAAUCUGUACUUGACGAACAAUAAAAUUUCGCACUUCACAAUUAGCAUGAUACAGGAUAUAAACUAUUUGUUGGAGAACCCAAGUGGUGCGAACACAACAAUUGAAAUCAAUCUGAUGGACAACGUGUUCGUCUGCGAUUGUACUUAUAUGUACAAGACAUACAUGUGGUUGCAAGUGAACGGUUCUGGUCUACUUAAGGCUUACUUCGCGAGCUCGAGGUUCCAGUGCAGCAGUCCUGAUAUAUGGGAAGACAAGAGGGUUGCUGAUUACUUGUCGUCGAUAAAGAGCCUACGCUGUCUCAUGUACGAGAAGAUAACUAGCGCCAUGUUCCUAAUAUGGACGGCACCAUCGAUAGUAACCAUAAUCCUGGUGUCAGGUUUAAUAGCGGGCGUGUACAAAUAUAGAAUAUAUAUAAAGUACUGGUUGUUUUUGGCGAAGGUAGCGGUCGGAAGGAAGUUAAUUCUGAAGCCUUUGAAGGCUGAUACUAUCCCCUCUAGGGGUUAUAGGUUUGACGCGUUCGUCUCCUACUGUAAUGAGGAUAGAGAGUUUGUCUCGGAAAUGGUCAGCCAGCUGGAGAGCACGCCCCCUUACCUGAAACUUUGCAUAUAUGAGAGGGACUUUGAAAUAGGCUCUUUUAUCUCUGAAUCAAUUUUGAACAGUAUUAAUGAGAGUAGGUACAUAAUAUUGAUAAUAAGCAAUAACUUCGCUAAGUCGCAAUGGUGCAGGUGGGAGACGCAACUUGCCGAAUAUCAUCGCUUAUUUCUGGAAGAUGGUACGACAUACGAUCCACUAAUUCUAAUAAGGGUGGGCGAAGUAGAAAAUAAAUAUAUGACAACGACGCUUAAGUAUCUGCUGAAGACGAAAAUCUAUCACUCUUGGGACGACGCCAAGCCCGAAGAGUUCUGGAAGAAGCUAAAGAACAGACUAGUAAAAAAUCUACAA